GUCCUAACCUCCCAACGCGCUUUUUAUAUUAAUAUUUAUAAAGGGGACGAGGGGCGGCUUGAAAACAAAGCAACGCGUAUAAAACAAAAACUCUUCCAAGAGAUUGUGUCCCGAUUCUCUGAUUUUCUUUGCGUGUGGUUUCCGUCUCCUCCUUCUUCUUCUUUCUGGUAAGAUCUUCAAUUACCUCUGAUUUAUCGAGGUCAGGUCAGAUCAGAUCCGCCAAAAGAAGCACAAAAAUUUCAUGUUCUAGGGUUUUGGCUUUGAUUGUCAUCGUUUUUUUUUUUGUUUGAUUUUACCUUUUUCAUCUUUGUUUGAAUUCCAUAUCUGAAAUCUACGUGUAAUUGUUGUAUUCCUCUCUCUGUUGAUUGAAUUUUUAAACUUCGUCUGUAUAUCUAGGGUUUAUUCUUUUUACGAACCCUAAAAAAAAAGAAAAAAAAGUAAUUGGAUAUUUGUGUUGUGCGUUUUCUUGGAGAUUUUAUUUUCUUUUGUCUUGAAUCUUUUUAUUGAGAAGAGUUGUGUGGUUCUUGAUUGGUAUGGCGGCAGGGCGAGUUGAUGUUCGGAGGAGAAUUGAUGUUGAGAAAUUGAAUCGGGGCCAUGUUCAUGCAAAUCCUGUUAAGAAUGGAUACAAUUAUCCAUCUAAUCAUAGGAAUAAGUUCGAUCUGGGUCCUAGGCGAUGUGGGUUAGACGAUGUUGCCAGGGUUAAAAAUGAUGUGAAACAGAUGAUGGAUGAUGGGGUUCAGCAGCCCCCGGAAAAAAAGAGGAAGUUUUCCCCGAUUGUAUGGGACCUGGAAGACAAGGAAGGAAGAAUUUCAUUCAAGAACAGGGAUGUUGUGACGACUACCAUUCUGUCAUCUCCUUCUUCACCUUCCAAGGUGUCAAAUACUGUUUCCAAUCAGGUUUAUAAGCAUCAACCGCUCUCUGCAAACAUGAUCAAAGAAGUGGAGCAUAUGGCAUCCAAGUCUCUGGUAUCUGAUUUUGGUGCUGCUUUAUCUCCUUCACUGCCUGAGCAGCAAUGCCAGGAUGAUGAACAAGAACCAGAGUUGAUUGGAAAAGAAAAUGUUCGAGCACCCAACAUAUUUACAUCACGUUGGGCUUCUGAUAGUGAUGAUGAAGAUGGAUCUCUAACUGAGGAAAAGAUUAGGAGGAGUUCGAGUCUUGAGAGUGGAGAGCUUGAAAGAGAGGAGUUGGAAGUAGAUAGGGUACAGUCUGAUCAAAGAAGCAGCAGUGUACUGUCUGCUUGUGAGGAUGGAGGCAUGGACUGUAAGUUGGACUCUGUUGAUGUGAUGGAUAUUGAUGACAUGCGUGAUGACGAUGCUAUUGUUGAUCAGCCAGAUUUAGGUGUUGAAGAGCCAGCUGGAGGUUGUAUGAACAUGCUUCAUGGUUGCAGAAGUGUUUUUGAGUAUGAAAAAUUGAACAAAAUAAGUGAAGGUACAUAUGGCAUUGUUUAUAGAGCUAAGGAUAAGAUGACAGGAGAAAUUGUGGCACUGAAGAAGGUGAAGAUUCUUGAUCUAAGAGAUUUAGAAGAAUAUGGUUUCCCUGUGACAUCACUGAGAGAAAUUAAUAUUCUUGCGUCUUUUCAUCACCCUUCGAUUGUGAAAUCUAGAGAAGUUGUUGUAGAUGACCAUGACAAUGUUUACAUGGUUAUGGAGUACAUGGAACAUGACCUCAAGUGGCUAAUGGACUCGAUGAAACGACGAUUCAGUACCAGUGAUGUUAAAUGUUUGAUGCUACAGCUACUGGAGGGUGUGAAAUAUCUUCAUGAUAAUUGGGUACUUCAUAGGGAUUUGAAAACAUCCAAUCUUCUCUUGAACAAUCAAGGUGAACUCAAAAUAUGUGACUUCGGUAUGGCGCGACAGUAUGGGAGCCCUCUGAAGCCUUACACAACCAAGGUGGUGACUCAGUGGUAUAGGGCUCCUGAACUUUUACUUGGAGCAAAGAAGUACUCAACAGCCGUGGACAUGUGGUCUGUGGGAUGUGUAAUGGCUGAAUUGUUAGCUAAGGAACCCCUGUUCAAAGGGACAGCUGAAAUUGAUCAGCUUCGCAAGAUAUUUGAUACUCUUGGUGUUCCAAGUGAGAAGAUUUGGCCUGGGUUUUCUGAAUUACCAGGUUCCAAAGCAAAUUAUUCUAAGCAACCGUAUAACUUGUUGCGCAAGAAGUUUCCUGCAGCAUCUUUUACUGGAUCUGCCGUUCUUUCUGAUGCUGGAUUUGACCUGUUGAACAGGCUUCUUACCUAUGACCCUGAGAAAAGAAUAACAGCAGAUGAUGCUCUUAAUCAUGAUUGGUUCCGGGAGCUUCCCCUGCCAAAAUCUAAAGAUUUCUUGCCUACUUUCCCACCAAAAGUGUGAAUGGAACAAUUUCCUUGCCUGAUUUGUGGAAGCUGGACACAACCAAAAUAUUAUCACCGCAUUCUUACCUAGCAAUUGUAGUGGUCAUGAAGGAUCCAAAUUUGAUGCAGCAGUGGUAAAAAAACUUCAUCUAUUUUGUGUCAUGAUGCAGGCAAGCUGGUUCAUUCACCACUCUGUUAUCUUUCAUGAUAAUUGUUUUAGUAGAUAUUGACAAAAAUGUGAGAUGCUGUAGUUGCAUGUUUCGUAGCAAAUUAAUGAGUGGGAGAAACUGAUAUAGUCUUUUGACAGGCACAUGUACCCUUACAUGGCCCGGUUAUUAGUUGGGAUAAUUUUCAGAUGAGUUGUAAAGGUCAUCAGCUGCGACCUUACCUUGAAUCUUUUAUUUUCAUCUCCUUGAUACUUUAUCAGAAUGUAACCCAUGUAAAUAUUCUUAACCACAUUUGAAAUUUCCUUUUUUUUUUUUUUUCCUCAGUCUAAAACUAUAAAUGCUCACAUUGUUUCGUUCAAUUUUCUCACAUUGCUUGCAAGAGUCCACCGACAUUUGGAAGCGUGUACAACAUCUUUGUUUCCUGUUAGUAAGUUUUGGACGCUCAAGGUUCUUUGUGAAUAAAGUAGUUGAUCUUUCAAUUUGUGAGGUCUCCAUUUGUUUCGUUGUUUCCUCUCUGUUCUGUUCUUUGUUUGCAAGUGUUGCAGCACAGCUAAAGGACUUCAGAGUCUGCAAGUGCUUUCGUUAUCAUGUAGCGUGCAAGUAAGGCAUCAACUCCAUAUUGAGUAACUCGGUGCAUUAUCGACUAAUUCCCUAACAAUAACCAGUUAUCAAUUUAUAUGUUAUCGUAUAAUGUGACAUUGACGUACAGGCAGAAGUUUUAUGAUUAGCAUGCGGAUGUUACUGGAGAAAAGAACCACCGACUAUUUGCUGAGGCUUCUUGUUCUUUUGCCCUGUCUUCAAUUUUUUUUAUUUCUCGGUUCUUCCAGUAAUGUAGUUCUUACAGUUUACCUUGUUGGGUUUCUGCAAGAUACAUUUUAACUGAUUACAAGCGGAUAUCUCAAUACCGAACUUAGGAGAUGGCUCAAACGGUUGGUAUUUAGAAAUAUAAGAUUAUAGCUUUUGUCAUGCAUGGUUUAAAACAAUGCCUCUUCUCAUCCACUUCUUAAUGCCAGCAUAUCCAAAAUUGUCUUAUUUUAAUUUCAUAUGAUCAUUGUUAUUUUAUUUUCUAUUUUCUCUCCUAUAAGAAAACAGUGAAGGCUCUACGGACAAUGUGUUCUAAAUACUCAAAUAAUUUCAAUGCCGCAUCAAUUUUCCUUACGUGAACUGUGGUUCGUCCAACUUAUGUUGCUGGGGGGUGUUUUUGUUCUCCUUUGGGAUGAUCGAAACGGCGAAGGAAGGAAGCAAACGCAAAGAAAUGUAUGAUUUUGAUGGACGUCAUGAAUGUUGAAGGAAUGACGGUUGAUGUAAUACAUACAACUUUGAAGGUAUGGCAAUCUGGUUCAUCGAGGUUGUUGGUGUUAAUGAGUGCGGUCCUGGAAUUUUCCUCUGCUGAAAAGGAAAUGUUCAGUCAUUUCAAACCAGCAUAGUUGAACCUUGUUUUCAAAAUUAACGUUAUCUUCGAAUGUAUUUUUGUAAUUGGCGUUGCCUCUACGAGCACUAAGCAAGCAUAACCAUCUUUUGAAUUUUUUUUUAAGUCAACAUAUUGAAAGUGAUCGGUUUUUACAAA